GGAAGGCAUCUGAUCUGGUCUGGAAAUCGGAAUGUACACUAUCCACGUCACAGUUUAGCUCCCCGCAGUUACACAUGUCGUCCAAUUGACAGUAUGCUUGAUCAGCGUAGAUAAACCAGUUCUCUCCGUUGACAGGAGAACCGUGAGCCACAAUGAUUGAAUUCCGAACCCAAGGAUUCAAUGGCUACAGCAUCAAGUAUUCGCCAUUCUUCGACUCCCGCAUAGCAGUCGCGGCAUCGGCAAACUUUGGCCUGGUUGGCAAUGGCCGACUUUAUGUGCUGGGCUUGAAUGCCAACGGCGCUGCCCCAGAGAAAUGGUUCGACACACAGGAUUCCCUCUUCGAUACGGCAUGGUCCGAAGCGCAUGAAAACCAAAUCGUCGUAGCCGGCGGCGACGGCUCGAUCAAACUAUUCGACAUAUCACUAGAUUCCUUCCCCAUAGCCAGCUGGAGCGAGCACGCACGAGAAGUCUUCUCCGUCGACUGGAACCUCAUCAACAAAGACACCUUCCUCUCCUCCUCAUGGGACGGUACCGUCAAGAUCUGGCGCCCAGAUCACCAAUCAUCGCUCCUCACCCUCCCCAUCCAUAGCUGCACCUACUCCGCUCAAUUCUCACCGCACAACCCCUCCGUCCUCAGCGCCGUCAGCUCCGACUCAUGCCUGCGACUCUUCGAUCUGCGAACCCCCGCUUCCGCCUCCAACCACCUGACCGCCGCCAUCCCGAUCCACGCUCCGCCGAAAGCAAUGCCUGGUCGCGCGCCUCCGAUGGGGAUACCGCCCAGCGAGGCGCUUACGCACGACUGGAAUAAAUACCGAGAUACAGUCGUCGCGACGGCCGGCGUGGACCGGACGAUCCGGACGUUCGAUAUCCGCAUGCCGGGGCAGGGUCCUGUCGCCGUGCUUCCGGGUCACGAAUAUGCAGUCCGGAAGAUAUCGUGGAGCCCGCAUUUGUCGGACGUGUUGCUCAGUGCGAGCUAUGACAUGACCUGUCGGGUGUGGACGGAUGGGAGCGCGAUGGGGGUGGAUCAAGGAAUGCAAAAACCUGACGCGCCGUUCCUUGGGCCUGGGAAAGAGAUGGGGAGGAUGGGGAGGCAUACGGAGUUUGUGACGGGAGUCGAUUGGUGUCUGUUUGGCGCUGAAGGAUGGUGUGCGAGUUGUGGAUGGGACGAGCGUGUGUUAAUAUGGGAUGUGAGAGCUAUUAUGCAACCGGGAUGAGUCGCUGAACAAAUUAUAUAUCACGUCUUAUGAGUCUCUCCUUUUGGAUGAAAAAGCACAAUUCUAGGUCGGUCCUGAGGAUCCUAUUUUCUUCGAUAAAAAGCAUGGCUAUUGCCAAUCCGUC